AUGUUACGUUUAAAAUCAUCUAAUACUGUAUCUAAUUCCACAAUUACCAUAUCUUCAUCCUCAUCAUCAAGAUAUAGUGGAUUUAAAUCAUGUUCUAAAGAUGUAAAGUCUAAAAUAAAAGGAAUAUUUAGUCGACAUAGUCAACAUGAACAUGCUAAUUUAGCUCAAGUUGUUGUUUGUAAACGUUGUGCAAAAAAUCCAAUGAUUUUUCUCACUAAACGUGAACGUAUACGAACCAAAGCUUUGGAAAAUACGGAUAUUUCAUAUACAGAUGAUAAUGCUGGUUUAGUCGCUUUAACAUUAUCAGAGACAACACUUCCAUUUGAAUAUGCAGCUCAAACAUUUGACGAAUAUACACGAAAAUUAGAAGAAGCUUUAAUAUUAUUGAGAAAUAUGAAACGAGACGAAUAUGAAAGUAAAACAACUCUUAAGAUUCUUCGUUUUAUUGAAAAUUUAAUUCAUCAACCAAAAGAAUGGAUCUCAGGAGCAAAGUUAAAAUUAUCUGAAAUGAAAUUUCCAGAAAUGGCAAUGACUUUAAUGAACAUUUAUAAAGAAAAAGGCUAUUUAGUAAGAAGUAUAGUUUUUCUUCAUAGUAUAUUACUUUAUAAUUCAAUGACUAAUUUUACUGAUUAUGAAUUUGACAAAGAAGGCCUUAUUAGAAAACAAUCAGCUGAUGCUGGUUUUAUUGAAUUUGCUUGUGAGAUUCUUAGUGAUCCAUCAUAUCGUGAAUCACUAGGAAAAUGUUAUAUUAUUCAAAGUCCAGAAGAAACAAGACAAAGUGAUGAUUUUAAUAAUUAUCAAAAAAUUUUAUACAUUUGUGAUUCUGCUCUUACUAUUCUUUAUAAUCUAGCAAAUUUACCAGAACUUAAACUUCAUUUUCGAGAAUGCAAGGCAAUGACUAUAGUCGUUGAUUAUACAAAAUUACCAUCAAAGACAAUUCAGAUUCAAUUUCCUGAAACAAGCGAAAAUCAAGAGUAUAUCAGUAUUAUAAAAGAAUUACAAAGUCUAGCUAGUGCUAUACGUGUUACAUCAUGUUUAUUAUUAACAUUAAUAAUGAAUGAAGAUGAAGAUAAUUUUUUAGCUGCAAUUACAUCUGACGUUGUUAUAUUAUUAUCUGAAAUGAUUCAAAUGUAUAAUAGAAAUGAUGAAAGAUUUCACGGAUUUUCUUUUAUUGAACUUGUUGAUGGUUUGUCUAAAUUAAUGGUACGUGGUCGCACACAUACAUUUAUUGAUCAAGAUCUUGUAAAUCUUCUUUUAAAUCUUCUUGAAAAUUCUGCACAAAAUAAUGAUUUACUUGAAUGUGUCUCAAAUGCAAUAUUAAAUGCUUCAUUUGAUGAAAAAGCUCAGCAUUUUCUUGAUUCAGAUCGUGCUAUUCGUAUAAUAACAUUUGCUCAAUAUAAUAGUCGAAGUCAAAUGGUUCAAAAAAACUGUGAAGCUAUUCUAUGGACUCUUAAUCGUAUUCCACAUAAACAUUGCUCAACAAUUAGUAAUUCAUGUCAAUUUCAAGGUCAUAUAAUGAUUUCAUAUAAUCGAUCAGUAAUAGCAAUGUGUUUAAAAAUUCGAGAUCGUCUUAAAGCUUUACACUAUAAUGUAUGGCUUGAUGUUGAUAAUUUGAAUGGUGGUGUUUUAGAAUCAAUGGCUCGAGCUGUUGAAGAUUCAUCUAUUGUAUUGAUUUGUAUGAAUGAACAAUAUAAACAGAGUUAUUAUUGUCGACUUGGUUAG